CAAACUGGUUUCUGGCGAGCGCCUUAAUUAAAGUUGGCGUUACUCGCCCUAUUUUUAUAAAUGUUUACCACUAAAUUCCCCAGAGGAUUAUCUCUUUGUGAACUACUGUAUCAACCUAUAAGAUGGAAAGUCAGUAAGGGAACACCUGCGAGAAUGACUUUCGAAAUUCGGAUGAAACUUGCAGAGACGGAUGAUCCAUGGUUUCGAACCAGGCUAGUUGAUUCAACUGAAGAGGCGAAACAUAUUAUGAAGAAAUCAGCAGAGUUUUCUAAAGACGAUGUUAUUACGGUUCCUCUCGAAGAUGAUUUGACGCCAAUAAAUGGAGUCCCAAAAGAACACCAAUCUGAAAGACGUGUUAGAAUUUUCAUCCCAGCUAAACCUGCUACUCAAUCAGGUAAUCAUGGCACUCGACUUUGGCGUAUUGAGUUCGACAAUCGCGAACGCUGGGAAAAUCCACUGAUGGGUUGGGCGAGCAGUGGUGACCCACUUUCAACUACAGUUGUUGAAUUUGAAACUUCUGAAGCGGCGGAAGAGUUUUGCAAACGUCAGGGAUGGCCAUGUUACGUAGAAAGUCCAAAUAUUUUAAAAAUGAAUGUCAAGUCAUAUGGAUCCAAUUUUUCAUGGAACAAACGAACACGGGUUGGAUCGAAAUAAUGUUAUCAGAUUGCUCACAUUUUUCUUAUUGCUAACUUAAUUUAGCAGCUACUUCAGUUGUGACCUAUUUUAUUUUGCUUGCUAAUAAAUAUUGUAGAAAUAUAAAUUAAGUAUAUAUUGUUUACUUUUUGUUAUUUCAUAGCAAAAAGUUUCGUUUGUACUUUCUAUUUCUCCGCUAAUUUUGAGUAAAACACUUGAGUUGACUCCAAAGUUGUCUUAUCCUCUUAAUGGGAUGUUUUGGCAACUUCGCUUGGACAGUGGUUUGUGAGAGUAGUGGUCACUGUUUAUACUAAUUUCGCGUUCAAAAUCUUCCAUAGGUCAUUGUAAUUCGUAUCAUCAUUGUUCAACUGGAACUGAGAGUGUAUUUCACUGUCAGCCCUAUACUUGGACUCCUGAUAGAGAAGUCCUACUCACUGCCUUUCGUGCGGGGGUGUUGUUUACGAAAUUGAGAAGACGAAAAGCGAUGGCUCGGCCCUUUAACCAGAUUGAUGGAUACGGAGGAUCCACUUAGGGUAGUUGGAAAACCUUGGUUCCAAACCAGUGGUGUGCAUGGGCUACAGGAUCCUAAGGAAACAAAUGGCGUAUGAAACAAUUGUUGGUCACCGGCUACCAUGGGACUGCACCUCCUUAUGUUGCUCCACUGCCUUGUGGAUUAGACCUUUAGGUCAAAGGUUCGGGGUGUGGCCCCCCGAAGAAAACCACCUGCUUCGGUUUCGGCACCAGGGCAGUAUCCCAGCUCUUACACAAAUCGAAUGAUUUAUGUGGCGCAUAUCUAUUUGGUGCCUCUGUACCAAUGUUUAUGUGUUUAAAUAAAUAAACAAAUACUGAUAAAUGGUUGUGUAGUUUAGUUAAUUUGAACUAGUCUCACGUUUUAUGUACGUUGAUAAUCACUUUAAAUGUCAUUCAUUCUACUGAAGUUGAUAAAAUCUUAAUUUUUCUUAAGGUUUCUCACUCAUAUUGUUGGGAAUGACCUAAUGAAAGUAAGAUAUUCUUGUCCUGAAACGAAUGAGUAAAUCUAUUCUCUAAUCAUCCUUCAAUAGAUUUCGUUGUUGCACAUAAAUAACUGUAAUAAAAGGUUAAAACACUAGCAUUAUCGUGUAUAAAAUACUCAAAGCUACACGUGGUAAAUUGUUAUUUUUCAUUUAUUGGGAUCUUACUUCAGGCUUGUCACAAUUAGUUAUGAUUAUAUGUCUAAAGUGAUAUUUAAAAAAAUCAUUACAUUGGGCAGUAAUAGGACUGAAUGCUUCUUAGUGUGAUAGCUGCUCGAACACUUCUCCCUGACAAUCCUUAUUGUCUGAUAACCUCACAUUCUUACAUGUAUUAAGUUUCAUUGUGAGGGUUAAGUAUUUCAUAUAUUGAACUUAUUUGACUAUACCGUUCAUUAUGGGUUCUGUUUCUCACCAUGACUCAGUAGUAAUUUGAGGAUUUAAAUACAUUCAAGUAGUUAUUAUCGCGAGAUAUUCUUUGGGAAUUAACCAUGUAUUAAGUUAACCAAUAUAUUAGUCUGAUAAUUUCGUUAUGUUUACAUUCUUUAUAGGUCCGAUGCCGAUUUCAGUGGAUAGAGAACGCCGUGAGAACGCCGGAGCCCGGAUGGCUCGGUUGUUGAAUGAAGAGGAGGAGGAUGAAUUCUAUUCCAAUAUUUAUGGUGGAUUUGCAGAAGAAGAAGAAGAUGCCGAUUAUCAAUCAGAAAGUUCAGUUGAAGAUGUAAUUGACUCUGAUUUCGCUGAUGAAAGCAGUGGAUCUGAUGAAGAUGACGCAACAGCAAUAGCAUCGGACGAUGAUGAGAACAAACGCCAAAAGCGUCAAUCUAAUCGUGUUGUUACAAAAGGUUACAAAGAACCUAAACGUGCUAAAAUUACUCGUCCUCAAGAAAAUAAAUUACCUGAUAAGAAGGCUAAUAGUGAUAAAAGUUUAACUGAUUCUCAGAGUAAAUCUACCGUACAGAUUAAAGAUAAGCAACAACAGAUAACAAUAACAAAGAAAACUUCAGGGCAAAUUUCAACUUAUGAACGACCAGAAUUACGGGCAAGCACAUUACAAGCUACAGCUGAUCAAGAAGCCGAAACCACGCGUAGACGAAUAGCCACUGCUGAGAAUACAGCUGUUCGUCGUAAAGCGUUACUAGCUGAAAUCGCUCAGCGCAAAAAUCUUCCGGAAGUUCGGCGUUUAACUCAAGAAGAAUUGUUGGCUGAGGCAAAAAUCACGGAAGAAAUUAAUCGUCGUUCUUUAGCUCGAUAUCAACGCCUAGAAAUCGAAAAGAAAAAAGCACGCAUUCAAAAAACGGUCAAUUCCACUCCAAUGAUUCGUUAUCAUUCAUUUACUGUUCCAAUUAUCGAGGAACAGCACAAUAUAUACGGAGUGUUAGCUAGUAAUGAUGAUGAGUCAUCUAUUCGAGCUGGUCCGAUAAUUACAGAUCAUUCAGCCAAAUGUUCAAGAAAUCUAAUAACAUUUGCUAAUGAUGCAUGUUUUCGUGAUUCAAUGCCUGAAACAGUCACUCCACUUCCAGAACCUGGUUGCCCUGCUCCUACUCCUAUACGUCCAGAGCGUCGUUUACGUAUAUGUCCAAUUACUGGUUUACCAGCACGUUAUUUAGAUCCAUUAACUUUAACACCAUAUGCUAAUUUAGCCGCAUUUCGUGUACUUCGACGCUUAUAUUCUGUACAUUUAGAAACAAAAAAACCACCAAUAGAAUUGUUACGUGAAUAUCGGCAUGGUCGUUAACAUUUUGUCUACUUUCGUAUACAUUAAUUAAAACUAGAUGAUGUUGUAUAUAUUGUGUUAGCAAUUUAAAGAUUUCUUGAUUUUAAAAACAUGCUUUAAUCCAAUCUGUACAUCACUAACAAGUCCCUAUACAUGUACAUGAUCAUCUUUAACUUAUUCAUAUGUUUAUUUUUAAGGGGAUAUUCUUAUACAUGCUCAUUUACAAAUCAAUGUUUCAACAUUCAUGUUUGCGUUAUUCCUUAGCUAUAAAUGUACCUUACUAAUCAACAUGUUUCGCAUACUUGUAUUGUUUAUUGUCAGAGGUAUACUCGUACAAGUGGCACUGUUGUCCUUCAGGAGAUCCUUUACUGAAUGGUCACGCUUGACGAACAUGCUAGUGAGAUAGAAUAUAUUCU